GUUGAAAUAAAGAAGGAGGAAGUAACUCCCACUACUGGCGAGCUUUGUGCGGAAACGUUUUCGGAGCUCUAAUGGCGGUUCCACUCAGAAUGAGCAACAACAAUAAGCGUGCUGUGCUUGCUCGUUUGAAAUCCCUCAUCAACACACAGCAGUUGCAGAGGUUCUGCACUUCUAUGCAGCCCAAAGGGAAACUGGAUGAUCGCUUGUCUCCAAAAGGGGACUUAGAUUACUCGGCUCUGAAAGAACGCAAUGACUUCUUGAAAUGGAAGACUCUGGACGCUAGUAAGCUUGGUAUAACUACUUCUAAGCUUUCGAAUCUAUCUCAGAUUGUCUUGAAGCAUCUUGACCUCGUAGGAUUUAAGUCCUAUUUGGUAGGUGGGUGUGUGAGAGAUCUACUAUUGAAUAGAACUCCAAAAGAUUUUGAUGUCAUCACCACAGCGGAGCUUCAUGAGGUGAAAAAGCAUUGUCGUAAAAUAGGCCAUGCUAUAAUUGUAGGGCGACGUUUUCCAGUAUGCCUUGUUAAUGUAAAAGGUUCUCAAAUAGAGAUAACCAGUUUUGCGACAGAGGCACAGACAUUUGAAGGGAGUGACCAAGUUCGACGCACUCUAUUGCCCAAAUCCAAAUGCAAUAAUGAAGAAGACUUAAUUCGCUGCAAAAACUCCUUGUACAGAGACUUCACAAUUAAUAGUUUAUUUUAUGACCCCUCUGCUAAUAAGAUAUAUGAUUAUGCCAAUGGAAUCGCUGAUUUGAGGUCCUUGAAGCUUGAAACUGUGAUCCCUGCUCAACUGUCCUUCAAAGAGGACCCUGGGAGAAUUUUGCGUGGCUUCAGAAUGGCAGCUCGACUAGGUUUAUCAUUAUCAAGGGAGAUUGAGGCUGCUAUUUUGGCUUAUUCUUCACAAGUUAAGAACAUGAACAAGACUAAAUUACUGACUGAGGUGAACUAUAUGCUGUCUUAUGGAGCUGCUGAGCCAUCUUUGCGCUUGCUCUGGAAAUUCAAGUUGCUUGAGUUUUUAUUUCCUGUGCAUGCAGCAUAUCUUGAUGAACAGGUGGAUAAAGAAGGUGUUCUUGCUUCCAAUAUGUUGAUGAAAUUAUUCCUCCAUCUGGAUAAUUUGGUGGCAUGUGAUCGGCCUUCUGAUUGCACUCUAUGGAUUGGGUUGCUAGCAUUUCACCUGGCAUUAAUAAAUAACCCGCAAGAAGCCCUUGUGGUGUGGGCUCUUGCUUCUAUUCUAUAUCAUGGGAAUUGGAAAGACGGUGUUAAAUUCGCUAAAGAACAUGCAGAAGUGACUGUUAAUUUUGCACCUGAAAUAAGGAUGUCCUGUUUGAACAAAUCGGAAGAAGAAAUUGCAAAAGCAGUCACUGAAUUGGCAUCUCAUGUGAUACACUCUGUAUGUGUGCUGGUUAAUAAUGAUAGUCUUCGUCAAUCCAUGGCUAGAUAUCCAUCUUCUCCAUGCUCUGGCACUGUAUUUGUACCAGGGAAAAAAGGGCAGAUUGUUGGUGAUAUUUUCAGAGUGCUAGUCAAUGAUGUCCAACUGUAUAGGAGUGAAAGAAAAGGUUCAAAGAUAAAAUAUGGCAUGCUUAGCCGGGGCAGUAUUGAAGAGACUAGAUAUGUUUUCGGCAAAAUUGUUCUCAACACUAUGAUUAGUUGCAUUGUUGGGAACAAGGAUGAUUUUGAGGCUGAAAAAUGUCAUCUUAAGACUCAGGACACUGAGGAAAGUGGCCAGUCGCAAAUUUCAAAUUCAGUAAUCCAUAAAUCGGUUGCAAGGAAACAUGAAAGACAAGCUUUAUCACCAAGUCCAGAAAGUAAGCAAGGAAAAAUCAAGAAACAGAAACUGGUUGACAAUGACCGUGUUCCAGAGCAGAAAGUGGACAUGGCGAGCCAUGAAUUGGUUUUCAAGGAAACCAGUCAAGAGUGGCAGAAGCAAGCAAAAUUAACUCAGAAGGUUGAUCCAUCUAUGAUGAAGGGCUUUGUGCCGAAAAUGAAAAAACAUCCAAUAAAGCAUCCAGCGAGGCCUAUGAAGACAGUCAAACAGAACUCACACACACCAUCACAAUUUAAAGUGUCUAAGAAUCAUCAUGAAGUAGCUGACAGCUGCAACAUAAAUGUGGAUGCAAAAGCAACAAAUAAGUCACACUUAAAGAAGAAAAGGUCCCAAUCAUCAUCUGAUGAAAAAGUUUUGAAGCAUUCCCUCUCCAGUCUCUUCAGAAAAUGAAUACUGGUUGGAACUUGGAACCGGCAUAGUUUAGAAACUAAACAUAUAGAGGAGUUGUAUUAGAUCUCUUUCCUCUUUUUUAGUCCCAAAAUUUUUUACUGAUUUAAAAGUAGGCUUUCAGUUCUUUAGAGUUUACUUGCCAUCAUUAGGGGAUACCCCCUCCCUUGUUUGAUUGUGAUGGGAGAAAAAAAAAAAGGAAAGGAAAGAACAUAUAUAUACUUUUCAAUAUGAACAAGAUUCAUAGGAAUUAGUCUCAA